UGUGGCUGCUCCAGGAUCAGUCCAGUAACCGCCGCCGUGCUGUGUGACCUCACAGCCCGCUCUGUGUGAACUGACCCCGGGUCUGUGCGGGCCGCCGCCGCCCCCCCUCCGCUGUAUCCGACGGUCUUUUCCUUCCACUCCACUUGAGAAGCAGCAGCCAGCCCGGCUGUUCCCACGCCUCCGCACCGCAGGCCACCGCAAAACCUCCCGAAUCAACAAAGAUUAAAAAAAAUGCGGAAACGGACGCUUUAAAAAAACGCCUUCAGUGGGAAUGAUGCAUGUUUAACCCGGACUAACGAUGCGGGAUCUAAAUCAAAACGGCCUCGACUUUCCCCGCUGGACUAAACUCCGCAGAAGGACGUAAACUUUUCGGUGUGUGCGGGCGGACUGCGCUCGGUUUCAUGAUGUCAGCGGGGCUCACUCGGCUAUGAGUGAUUUGUAUGAUCGUUUUUCAGCACAUCUGGAUCUUUGGCCGUCGAUGCUCUGGACCCAGUGGACUGUUUUCUCGGCGGAGACCAGCUGAAGGAGGACUUCCACACCUCAGGAGUUCGACGCCAGAAACUGACGGGUCCGUGAACGCCGCAGAUAGCUAGCUAGCAUGUUAGCUAGUUUUUAAGCUAGUUUUUUGGUGUUUUUUUAACGCGCGAACGGGGAAAACAUUCACCCAACUUCACUUCACCGCAGUGUGUGAUGCUUCCAGCGCACAGUUUGCAUUAGACGAGUGUUUUCUUCAAGGUUUUCGACUCUUGUAGGUUGUUUUGACAAACUGUGAGUUAGCCAACAACUCGGUGUAACUCAGCCGUUGAUGUUAGCCGUUGCAGCUAACGUCCAAACAUGCCGCAGCUAAACGGAGCGGACGGAGACGACCUGGGAGCUAACGAUGAACUGAUCGCGUUUAAAGACGAAGGGGAGCAGGAGGAGAAGAGGAAUGUGUCUGGAGAACGGGACCUGGACGACGUCAAGUCCUCUCUGGUCAACGAGUCCGAGACCAACAGCAGCUCGGACUCUGAGGCAGACAGGCGGCCCAAACCCAACCCAGACUUGGAGAGCAGGGCCAGACACAGUCAGCUGUUUCAAGAAGCGCUGAGGCGGCGCCAGGAUGGAGGUCUCUUCCAGCCCUCUCCGUACGUUGGAUAUCCCUUCUUCAUGAUCCCGGACCUCGGGAACCUCUGCAACCCCUACCUCGCUAACGGAGCUCUCACACCCAGCGGCAGGACGUACCUGCCGUUUCAGUGGCCUCUGCUCGACGUCCCAGGAAGAGCUGCUAUGAGAGACUGUGCGACCCCCACACACCUGUCGAACAACGUGCCGGUGGUGCAGCACCCUCACAUGACUCACCUCCACCCUCUGCUGUCCUACAGUCCGGAGGCCUUCUCCCCUCAGAGAGCCUCACCUGGCUUCUCUCCUGACCCAGGUAUGUCGAGGACCACUCACGCUGCCUGCUACCCCGUCUCACCUGGAGGCGUGGCUCAGAUCACACACCCCCUCGGAUGGCUGCCGGGUCAGACGAUGUAUCCCAUCGCAGGCGGCUUCUCACCGGCCGCUCUCGCCAUGAACGCCUCCAUGUCGAGUCUGGUGUCGGGCGGCUUCUCUCCACGUUUGGUGCCGACCUCUCAGUCGUCCGUCCCUCACCCGGCCAUCGUACCGACAGGAGUGAAGCAGGAGCCUGAAUGCAGCAGCCAGCCGGGGAAGUCGCCGGCUCAGCGGCAGCAGGAGAGAGAAGAAGAGAAGAAGCCGCACAUCAAGAAGCCGCUGAACGCCUUCAUGCUGUACAUGAGAGAGGAGCGGCCCAAAGUGGUCGCCCAGUGCAAAGUGAAGGAGAGCGCCACCAUCAACCAGAUACUGGGCCAGAGGUGGCAUUCACUGACCAAAGAGGAGCAGGCCAAAUACUACGAGCUGGCUCGGAAAGAGAGACUCGUCCACUCCAAGCUUUACCCCGGCUGGUCGGCCAGAGACAACUACGGUAAGAAGAAGAAGAGGAAGAGGACUAAGAGUGAGACUCUGCUUGAAGGUCCUCAGGACGACGCCCCCCUACAGCUGAAGAGACCUCGUGUCCCACCUGAGGAGACGCCUCACACACACACCUCACACACACACCCCCGCUCCCACCUCACACAGCCGCACACCAUCUCCCACCUGACACACACACACCUGUCCCAGGCCAGCCCCGCCUCCUCGCUGGACUCCCCGGCGACGCCCACCACCGCGCUGGCCUCGCCUGCCGCUCCGGCGCCGACCCACACCGAGCACACACACUCCUCCUACAGCGGACACACUUCUCCUUACGGCGAGCAGCUGCAGCCGCUGUCCCUCACCACCAAACCUCACCGGACCUCCCACCCUCUGAGCCGGACCACCGUCACCCCGGGACCCUCCACGCCGUCGUCCUCCUGCGACACCCCCACCUCCUCACCCCUCAUGUCCUCCUCCAGGUGUUCACCCCCUCCUCCUCCCCCUCUCAUCUCUCAGCCCUUCCUGGUCCCGCCCCUCACCUCCGCUCACCAAUCAGCAGCGAGCUCCCACGGUGCCUUAACCACGACACAGUCGUUCUCCGUCAGAAGAACCAAUCAGCUGUGAGCAUCUGGUUUCCAAUGAACUCUGACAUCACAAACACACUUCAACAUGAUCUGUGCCUCGUCACGAUGCUGUAAAUAAGCUUCCUUUUAUAAACUUUUUUAUAGAUCACAUUUUAUAUUAGUAUGAAAGUAAUUGGUCAAUAUUUGACUGCAUCUCUAACUUCAUCAAACGGUGUAUUUUUUCAACUGUCACUUUUUCUAAUAACGUUUUAUGAAUGAUCAUCGAGGUGUGGCACCGGGGUUUGUUGGUUUGUUUUUUUCACCUGGUAGUAAUGAGUGUAGUUCUGUUCUGGUUCCUCCUCUGUGUUAAUAAAUACUCACUGAGUUCUGACCCGC